CUCUUCGUUGUCCCUAUUAUUACUCCCACACACGCCCACGAACCAGUCAGAAAAAAAAAGCAUUACCAGCAGCAGCAGGGGAUCGGAUAGCGCAGGCCAGGAGCCCUGACCCUCACCGCCGAUAAGCUCCCGCGAUGCGGAACCCGCCCGGCCGGCACCUCCUGCGCGUCGCCACCCGGGCCGUGCGCUCCUCCUCGCUCCUCGGCGGCGGGGGCGCCUCCUCCCCCGUCUCCGCCUCCUCCGGCGGCCGCCCGCGCACCCGCGGCGCCGGCGCCAACAUGCUCCUGCGCGCCACCUCGCCGCCCCCUCCAUCCGCCGUCGCCGCCGCCGCGUGCUGGGAGUCCCGCACGCUGCGCCGCGACGGGGAGGACGACUGGGAGGAGGUCGUCGCCGGUGUCGGGGUCGAGGGGCCGGCCGCCUCCGGCGAGCCGGAUGUGGACGACGACUACAGGGUCGUCUUCUGGUCCCCGCCCACCGGGGACGAGGUCCGCGCCGCCUUCUCCAGCAUCCAGGAGGUAUUUGAGAAUUCUUUUGGGGUGGAUCCAGAUGAAACUGAGAAACAAAUAGCAUUGCUGUCCACCUCAGGCUAUUCUUCGUCGAGCAAUUCAUCGGGAUCAGAUGACUGGGUCGAGCCUGCUGCAUAUGUUCUCAACUCGACGGCUCUUCUGACCAGGGAACAUAGGACUGUUUUGGAUGCCUUUCGUCUAUUGCAAAGAGACCCUAAUGUUCAGAAAAUGGUUAUGUCCUUGUCAAGUGAUAGGACUGUAUGGGAUGCUGUAAUGAAUAACGAGGCAGUGCAAGAAUUCAGGAGAUCUUUCCAAGAUGGCAAAGAAAAUAAUAGGAAAGGAUGCUGUUCCUCGGUUGGCCCUGCUGGAGUGCUUAAGUGGAUCCUGGGAAACACCCAGGCAAAAAUAGUAGAAUUCUUUGACAACAUAGUGAAGAUUGUCAGCAUGCUGUUCCACCCACAAAGUGAAGAAGAUAAACCCGAUCUGUACAGCGAUGCAGUGAAGGUGUCCUUCAUGCUCUCGGUGUUUGUCUUCAUCGUGGUGGCCAUUGCUCGGAUCAACUCAAAGUCGAGGGGGGUUCUUCAUCGUGUAAUGCUGUCCGACAAGAACCCUGGUCGCCGGGUGCGCCGCUGCGUGUAGAGCUUCAGCAGCGCCAGCAAGCAUGCGGAACGUCAAACCUGGCCUUCGCAAAGCAGCAUUAGGCAAAUCACACAACAUUGUUGUAGUUUCAAACGACAGUAUAUGCUCAAAAUAAAGUUCCAAGGACGGAUCACUCAUGUAAA